CGAGAGCGCAAUGCACCAGCAAUGGAGGCGAGCGGCAGUCGGGUCCGGAGGGGGAGCCCGGUCCCCAAGCGCCGCAGAGGCGUCGGCGUGGCUACUGGCUUCGGGUCUACGGCGCAGUCGCUGAACGACGACAUCCUCCGGUCCGUCUUCUCCCGGCUGGACGACCACUUCGACCUCGCCCGCUGCUCCGCCGUCUGCGGCUCAUGGAAUAGGAUAAUUGAAACAGCUCAUCUCAUGAGGGAUAUGUAUUACAAAAGGAACCCACCAGCAAGAGGUUCAAGCUCUAAUAUUUCAGUAAAAAGUUACUUUGAGAUGCUUGCCAUGGAUGAGCAUGCAUCUGCUUUCUCUAGAGGACCUGCUGAAGCUUUUCAGUGGAUUGGGCACCCAAUGAGGGCUACCUUGUGCCGUAUGAAGAGUGGUUUAAUUUUAACUGGAGUUGGAGAUAAGAUUCUCUGCCUUUGGUCUGCUGAAAGCUGCAAAUUCAUGAAUGAGUACAAUGUGCCAAAUUCUAAAACAUUAGUCGACUUUGAUUUUGAUGAAAAUAAGAUUGUAGGUUUGACCAGCUCCCAGAUUUGCAUAUGGAGACGCAGUGAACCAAGAAGCAUAUUUCAAUCUGGUGGAGCCUCAUUCAAUCAUGGGUUAUGCAUGAGUUUUGCUGAUCCGGAGGUUGUAAUUGGUUGUGAGGAUGGUCGAGCCUUUGUAUAUGAUAUGUACAGCAGGAGUUGCUCACGUAUUUAUCGGCUUCACUCCUCUCCUGUGACAUGUUUGAUGAUAACGGAUGACCAGCUGAUUGUUGGUGGAUCAACUUUUGGAAAUGUAGCUAUUGCAGAUCAAACCUCAGGGCAGAAGUUAGGUGUUCUAAAAUCAGAUCAUGGACCAUUGGCAAUAAGAUCCUUAUCUUCCUGCACAAAUUCACACAUGAUAUUUGCUGGUUCGUCAGCUGGUUAUGCACAUUGCUGGGACUUAAGGACUUUGAGGCCUCUCUGGGAAAAAAGAGUCAGCCCAAAUGUCAUCUACAGCACACGUCAUUUGCCCGGUGACACGGCAACGCUGGCAGUUGGAGGCAUUGACGGCGUGCUCCGCGUUAUAUGCCAAAGGACUGGUGACAUCAUUCGCAGUCUUGUCGUUGACGCAGAUCUCCCAGCAGAAGCCACAUCUAGAUCCCGGCAGCAAAUAGAGAAGAAACGUGUUCGAAGGAUUGACCCUGAUGCACAGUUGGACGGUAUCCCGAGGCGUUUGCGCCCUCAGAUUACCAGCCUAUCGGUUGGGAUGAAGAAGAUUGUGACCACGCAUGGUGAAAACUACAUUAGGGUUUGGAAGUUUCGCAUGAAAAGUUCGUAAAAAGGGCGAGAUGAUGGUAAUCUAGUUAUCUGGUGUAACCUGUACUGUAGUCUACUGAAUAAGAUGGCGUGGUACCGUGGUGUGUCACCUGCGCUUGUAAUAAUAGCCUGAAACAUAGUUCAUUUGUACACUUGUAGUCCUCUUUAGGAUACUAUUAGCAAUUAAAAAAAUGUUUGUGCU